UCAUCAUUUAAAAGCACCAAGUCGAGAGAGGGAGAGAGAGGGGGAGAGAGAGGUGCAGUUGAGAGAGACAGCCUCUUAGAGCUGUGAGGCAGAAGUGAUGGAUUCAGCCCACAGAAAAGUGACAGUCUUCUCCUAACGGGCCACAGGCAGUGCACAACCUGCCCAGGACUCUCACUGUUUAUCAGGAAACUACCUCCACCAUCCUACUAAAGUUGUCUCUUGAAAUUGUCUCAACUUUUUCUAAGGGGAUUUUUUUUUUUUUUGGAACAAUCUACUCAAUGUUUGUUGAGGAGUUUCUGGAAAGUUGAGCUUCUCUUGGGUUAAUGACAGUCUUUUAAUAAUAGGCUUUAAAAAGCACCACUACCUCUCUACUACUGGAAUGGACUAAGGUGACAAAGAGCGAGUAACUAGACGGGCAGAGCACAGAAAGGGGAAGAGGAGGACGCAGCUUUCACACUUGGGAUGACUUUCAACCAAGAGAAACUUCAAACAGCUCUGGCAGGAGGGCAAGGCAACUGAGGGAGCCUCAUCAGUACUGUGCAGUAAUCUCGUAAGCAUUAUGGUAGUGUUUGGAUAAGGGGGCUUUGAGGCAGAAUGCUGGAACUUAUCGAAACAAUUCCCAAGACCCCCUGCCUCCCUGUCUGAGAUCACAAGCAAGACGUUGGGCGAGUUGGACACUAACUCAUGGAGCCCCCUUCAGUGGUCCUGCUGGGGUUCCUUCUCGUUUAUGGACUAGUCUGCGGUGCCCAGCAGACGCAGAGAAGUCCGUCAGAGAGCAGCAAUGGAAGGGAAAGAACCCAAGAAUUUGAGAGCAGUGAAGAUGGUCUUGAGAGAGAAUUUCUCUAUGCUGGAAGGAGCAAACGUGCUCCGGCUGACUCACCACAGGACAAGUGCUCCUACACUUUCAUUGUACCUCAACAAAAAGUGACCGGAGCCAUCUGUGUCAACUCCAAGGAGCCGGAGGCAAUGCUGGAGAACCGGGUCAACAAACAAGAGUUAGAGUUGCUAAAUGUGGAGCUACAGAAACAGAAGAGACAGAUCGAGACCCUGCAACAGUUAGUGGAGGUGGACGGAGGAAUUGUCAAUGAGGUCAAGCUUCUGAGGAAGGAGAGUCGAAACAUGAACUCCAGAGUCACUCAGCUGUACAUGCAGCUGCUCCAUGAGAUCAUCAGGAAGAGAGACAAUGCCCUAGAACUGGCACAGAUGGAGAACAAGAUCCUGAACCAAACUUCUGAGAUGCAACAGCUAACCAGUCGAUACAAAGAUCUCGAACACAAGUACCAGCACUUGGCUUCUUUAGCCACGAAUCAAUCAGCUCUUAUUGCCCUGUUGGAGGAGCAGUGCCAGAGCAGACCUCCUCCCCGUCAUGUUCCUGUUCCCCAGCCACGGCCUCAGCCACCUCCACAAUCGCCUCCUCUCAACAAGCCAUACCAGCCACCGGUACUUCCACGUAUCAACAACCCGAUCAGCAAUGAGAUCCAGAGUGACCAAAAGUCCCUCCCACCUCUUCUUCCAACAAUGCCCACUGGUACACACAGUCCAUCCACCACUGACAAGCCCUCUGGUCCAUUUAGGGAUUGCCUGCAGGCUCUGGAAGACGGCCACACUGCCAGCGGCAUGUUUCUGGUGAAGCCAGAAAAUGCCAACCGACUAAUGCAGGUGUGGUGCGACCAGAGACACGACCCAGGUGGCUGGACCGUGAUCCAGAGGAGGGUGGACGGCUCUGUCAACUUUUUCAGGAACUGGGAGACAUACAAGCAAGGUUUUGGCAAUAUUGACGGCGAGUACUGGCUGGGUCUGGAGAACAUAUACUGGCUGACUAACCAGGGAAACUACAAACUGCUGGUCACGCUGGAGGACUGGUCUGGCAGAAAAGUGUUUGCAGAGUAUGCCAGCUUCAGAGUGGAGCCUGAAGCCGACUUCUACAAGCUCAGGGUGGGCCGUUACCAUGGCAACGCCGGAGAUUCGCUCACCUGGCAUAACGGCAAACAGUUCACAACACUGGACAGGGAUCAUGAUGCAUAUACAGGUAAUUGUGCCCACUACCAGAAGGGAGGCUGGUGGUACAACUCUUGCGCCCACUCAAAUCUGAAUGGAGUAUGGUAUAGAGGAGGACACUACCGCAGCCGUUAUCAAGAUGGAGUCUACUGGGCCGAGUUCAGAGGAGGAGCCUAUUCGCUAAAGAAAGUAGUCAUGAUGAUCCGUCCAAACCCAAACACUUUCCAUUAAAAAAAAAAACACAUACUGUACUGUAUCUCUCACUAAACUGACAUCUUUACAGGCCUGAUACUGUUUUUUUUGUUUGCUUAAUGGAGUAGCACCAGACCAAGUCAGAUGACAAAGAGAAAGAUGAUGUUGAAAGUGCAAUAUCAAAACAUCAGGACAAUACUGGUCCCUCUAAGAAUCCAACAAAUGUGUGCACUUUUAUUAAGUCGUCUGCACACUUCUCCCUUUUACACGAGACAUAGGAAGACAUGCUCAUUGCUCAGGAGUUACUUUAAAUACAUUUUGGCAAACAACACCUUUAGGUAACAGUGCUCUCAUUUGAUCUGAGAGAAUAAAUAAGUAGCUUUGGGAUAGGAAUCAUACAAUAUAUAUUUAGUAUGUAACAAGCAAAUGAGGUUGACACAGGAAAUGUAUCCAGUGACUAUCUUUUAAUUUCAUUCUAAAUACAUUUUUCAAACGUGUAAUUUCUAGGAACCGUAACAUUUAUUGACUUGUAAUACAGCCUUGAUAGUCUGGCCAGUUUUUUUUGUCUUUUUUGUCAAUUGCAGCAAAAUGUACUUUACAAAACAGUGCCAGUGUCUUUUCUAACAUUAAAACUGUUAAUACAAAACCCUGAUGUUAUCAACAGUCUGUUAAUGCAAAUUUUGAUUAAAAAAAGAAUCAACUCAUUAUUAAAAUUUGAGAAGGUACAUUCUCUUUAAUGUCCUGCUUUUAUUUUUAUUUUGUCAUACUUGUUCUGAAAUCUUGAAAUGCUUAAACAGGUAUCCAUCAAUUUGCUUGUAUGAAUCAAGCACUGUAUUUACUGUAUAAAUUUAGCGGUUUGUUGAUGUCAAUGAAUCCAACACAUUGCGUUUGUACAUAAGAUAUUUGUAAUAUAAUGUAUUAAAACUUGUUAUGUCACUAUUACGUUGCAAUAAAAUAUGUACAGCUUG